AUGGUCAGACAUUUAAUUCAAUCACAGUUACGAAAGAUUUGUUCAAAUCCGAACGGUCAGGAAGAUGCAGCAGAACUGGUAAAUCGACGUCUGGAGGAGAUGUACAAACUGAAUGCCGCCCGAUUGAGUGAAAAAGAGAGAAAAACAUACGAGCGGACUUUGGAGCGAAAGUAUCGUUUUCAAAGUGACGCUGACCGGAUUGGUGCGGAUAGACAUCUGUUGAAAGACAGCUGGAAGCGUUGGGAGAUGGUGAUCGCGUCCAAUCCUUUUCGAACUGGUUAUGGUGCGUUUCAGCAGACCACAGAACCUAAACCCCAUCGGUCCACUUCGUCCGCCAUACGUUCAAGACGAACCGGAAAGCAAAUUGAGCGUAGUAGAAGCAAAAAUCACGGAAAGUCGAGAGACCAACGUGCCCAUCCGCAGAACCGGGACGUGCAAUUGCCUCUCGGUCCACGAAUCAAAACACAGGUGCUUCUUUGUGCUCGACCACGUUCCUCUUGGAUAUGCCCAUUGUCUAUGACCUACAGGGACUACCGAAAGCAAACACCCAUUACCGAGCAACGACCCAAAUCCGUUCCCACUAACUUGACUCUUGGAGUUCAACAGGUUGGACAUGGACUGUGGUCCAUUUCGCGUUCGUAUCGCGAGCUCACAUCGCAAGUCAGUGCAUUCGAUCCCAACGACCAGUUAUUGUCUGCCACACGCUCCAGUGCGACCCAAUCCGCGAGAAAUACCUCUUUGUCACGAACCAGUCGCAGUACAAUCAGAUCUAUGAUAACUGAAUGUGACCGAGGCGGUGGAUCGACUGCAUAUGAGGCUAUUCGCCAGUGGUGUAUGGCUGAUAUGCAAACACAAACAGAACAGUUGCAGAAGAAAGUGGAACUAUUCUGUCAUAACACUGAACGAUUUGUGUCUAAUUGUCUCAGAGCCCUCACGAAUAAAAAUGAACAAAGGGAAAACAACCUGGGCAUUCCAAGUACCUUUAUUUUGUUUUCCUGGUGA